UCCCUUCCCCGGAUCCCACUUUCCUCCACCUCCCCGGGCCUCGCGCCUCCCGGCCACCACCUGCACACCUAGCGCCCCGAGCGCCCUGCCGGGACCCUCACCCUUCAAGGCCCCUGUUCCCCACCUCUUCCGAGCAGGCGCCCCGGCUCCGUUCCCUCGGUCCCCGCCCCCUCGGCGCCGCUGCCCGGCCCCUCUCCCCCCACCCCGCGUGCCCUCCUCCUCCCGCGAAGUUUCGGGCUGUCAGUCCGUCGGUCUCCGGCAGUCCGCACCGGGCUGCAGGCGGCGGGCGCCAUUGUGCGCGGAGCCGCGGGCGCCUGGGUCCCCGCGGGCAGCUGCUAGGGGACCCGCCAGGGUCUGUGGCCUGAUCCCCAAGAGGGGCUGCUCCCUGUUGUCAUGAGAGAGACCCUGGAGGCGCUCAGCUCCCUGGGAUUCUCUGUGGGACAGCCAGAGAUGGCCCCCCAAAGUGAGCCCAGGGACGGGUCUCAUAAUGCCCAGGGGCAGAUGUCUUCUGCCAGGGAAGAAAGCGCAUUGAGCACACGCUCAGGACAUGAGGUCCCUGGCGCGGAGGAAGGUGCCCAGACUGAACAAGCCGAGGCUCCCUGCAGAGGUGGCCAGAUGUGCAGCCCACAGAAGGCUGAGCCUGUGGGCUCCUGCUCCGGCGACGAGUGGAUGAUUCGGAAGGUGAAGGUGGAGGAUGAGGAUCAGGAAACAGGAGAGGAGGUCGAAUGGCCCCAGCAUCUAGCCUUACUUCCUAGCCCCUUUCCGGCGCCCGACCUGGGGCACCUGGCAGCCUCGUACAAACUGGAGCCCGGGACCCCGGGAACAUUGGGUGGGCUGGCGCUGCCCGGGUGGGUCCCAGAGAAGCCCUACGGCUGCGGAGACUGCGAGCGGCGUUUCCGGGACCAGCUGACGCUGCGGCUGCACCAGAGGCUGCACCGAGGCGAGGGCCCGUGCGCCUGCCCGGACUGCGGCCGCAGCUUCACGCAGCGCGCCCACAUGCUGCUGCACCAGCGCAGCCACCGCGGCGAGCGGCCCUUCCCUUGCUCCGAGUGCGACAAGCGCUUCAGCAAGAAGGCGCACCUGACGCGCCAUCUGCGCACGCACACGGGCGAGCGGCCCUACCCUUGCGCGGAGUGCGGCAAGCGCUUCAGCCAGAAGAUACACCUGGGCUCGCACCAGAAGACGCACACCGGCGAGCGCCCCUUCCCCUGCACCGAGUGUGAGAAGCGCUUUCGCAAGAAGACGCACUUGAUCCGGCACCAGCGCAUCCACACGGGCGAGAGGCCCUAUCAGUGCAUGCAGUGUGCGCGCAGCUUCACGCACAAGCAGCACUUGGUGCGGCACCAGAGGGUGCAUGACACCGCCGGCGGGACCCGGCCCUGCCCCGAAGCACCCCCCUCACUCCACUCCCCCUCUGCGUCCCCCACGCCGUCCCCUCCCGGGCCCAAGCCGUUUGCCUGCUCGGACUGCGGCUUGAGCUUUGGCUGGAAAAAGAACCUCACCAUGCACCAGAGUCUGCACCGCAGCGAGGCUCACCCCUUUGGGUGUGACGAGUGCGCCCUGGGUACCACCGCGGACCCCGCUACCACCGAGUCGCUGCCCUGCGAGCCUGGUGGCAGCCCAGGCCCUGGCCCCGAGGCGCCCCCACACGGCGUCCCCAGCGAGCGCUCCUUCUUCUGCCCGGACUGCGGGCGCGGCUUCGCCCACGGGCAGCACCUGGCGCGGCAUCGGCGCGUGCACACGGGCGAGCGGCCCUUCGCCUGCGCGCAGUGCGGCCGCCGCUUCGGCUCUCGGCCCAAUCUCGUCGCCCACUCCAGGGCUCACAGCGGCGCCAGGCCUUUCGCAUGUGCCCAGUGUGGCCGCCGCUUCAGCCGCAAGUCGCACCUGGGCCGCCAUCAGGCCGUGCACACGGGCAGCCGCCCCCACUCUUGUGCCAUCUGCGCCCGCAGCUUCAGCUCCAAGACCAACCUGGUCCGCCACCAGGCCAUCCACACGGGCUCCCGCCCCUUCUCCUGCCUGCAGUGCGGCAAGAGCUUCAGCCGCAAGACGCACUUGGUGCGGCAUCAGCGCAUCCACGGCGAAGCCACCCUCCCACCCUCUGACGCGGACCUGGCAGCCUCAGCCUGGCCCACUCCCACCGAGGUGGCGCCAGCCCCGCUCUUCUGAGCCUGUUCUCUCUAGGAUCCUUCCAUUGCUCAGAUUCGGGAGCCUCCUGCCCUGAGACCUCCUGGCCCAUCAGCGCAGUGGCCUGGACUCCUGUGACCACUGUCCUUACCCCUGUGUCUGGAAAAGCCCACAAAGUAUCUCCAGCUCCGAAUUGUAAGAAACAAGGCACAGAGAGCUUGCACAGGUCUCAUGGGAAGGCAGAACAUGACCAAGGCAGAUGGGCUGGGAACCCGUGGUGGGAGGGAAAGAAUGGUUGUCUGUGUUUUCGGUGUCAUUAAAGUUCAAAUCCUAA